AUGGUUGACGGGCAAGGAUCUAACAAGGUAGCCAUCGUGACGGGAUGCGCAAGUGGGAUGGGGCUCGAGACAACUCGGUUGUUUUUGAGCCAUCAGUAUAAGGUAUUAGGUGUCGAUGUGAGCGAGAUGGAUCCUACUCUGUUGGAUAAGGAGAACCAGGAGAUGUUCCAAUUUCAUAGAGGGGAUUUGAGUAAAGAUGGAGAGUGCGAUGAGCUUGUGAGAAUCUGUGUCGCUCGAUUUGGCGACACCAUCGACGUUCUGGCCAAUAUAGCUGGUGUGAUGGACUCUUUUGCCUCAGCGGACAAGGUCACGGAUAAAGAUUGGGACCGCGUCAUUGCAAUUAAUCUCACUGCUCCUACGAAACUAAUCAGGGCUGUUCUACCUUUCAUGAGAGCUAAGAAGAAUGGUGUCAUUAUAAAUCUAUGUAGUAAAGCUGCAUUGAGUGGUGCUGCGUCAGGAGUUGCUUAUACAGCUUCUAAGCAUGGGUUGCUGGGUGUGACCAAGAAUACUGCAUUCAGAUUUAGGGAUGAGGGUAUUAGAUGCAAUGCUAUUUGUCCUGGAGGUGUAAUGACCAACAUGGCUAGCUCGAUGAACAAAGAAACCUUUGAUCAAGAAGCGGCCGCUGUAUGGGGACCAGUUCUCGCUUUGCAUAUGAAGCCUGGCGAAAUGCCCAACGUUGCCGUUUCAGCAAUCGCUGAAGCAAUCUUGUUCCUUGCAAGCGAUGGAGCGAAAUCUAUCAACGGUGUUGCACUUCCUAUUGACAAUGCUUGGAGUACGAUCUGA